GAGCGGGUCCGGGGUGGGAGGCGCACACACCGGCUCCGGGCUCCGGGAGCCCCUCCCGAGUGAGUCCCUGCGCCCUGCGCCGUGCGCCCUGCGGAAGGGCUGAGCCGGACGCGAGGCGGGCAGGUGCAGAGGGAGCAGAGGGGACCACGGCCAACCGUAGCAGCAAGUCCUGCGGGGACAGUGGCGCUGCCGCUCCAGCUGCUGCCUCGGCCGCCGCCACCCGCGAGCCGGCGUCCGGAGCCGGGCCAGCAGGCCGGGCGGGCGCAGCGGGGAGCGGGGGGCGCGCUCAUGGAGCACACGCACGCCCACCUCGCCGCCAACAGCUCGCUGUCCUGGUCCCCCGGCGCGGCCUGCGGCUUGGGCUUCGUGCCCGUGGUCUACUACAGCCUCUUGCUGUGCCUCGGUUUACCAGCGAACAUCCUGACGGUGAUCGUCCUCUCCCAGCUGGUGGCGAGGAGGCAGAAGUCCUCCUACAACUAUCUCUUGGCCCUCGCCGCCGCCGACAUCUUGGUCCUCUUUUUCAUCGUGUUCGUGGACUUCCUGCUGGAAGACUUCAUCCUGAACAUGCAGAUGCCUCAGGUGCCCGACAAGGUCAUCGAGGUGCUAGAAUUCUCCUCCAUCCACACCUCCAUCUGGAUCACCGUGCCCUUAACCAUCGACCGGUAUAUCGCCGUCUGCCACCCGCUCAAGUACCACACGGUGUCCUACCCGGCCCGCACGCGGAAAGUCAUCGUCAGCGUUUACCUCACCUGCUUCCUGACCAGCAUCCCUUACUACUGGUGGCCCAACAUCUGGACUGAAGACUACGUCAGCACCUCCCUGCACCACGUGCUCAUCUGGGUCCACUGCUUCACCGUGUACCUGGUGCCCUGCUCCAUCUUCUUCAUCUUGAACUCGAUCAUCGUGUACAAGCUCCGGAGAAAGAGCAACUUUCGCCUCCGAGGCUACUCCACGGGGAAAACCACCGCCAUCCUGUUCACCAUCACCUCCAUCUUCGCCACGCUCUGGGCCCCCCGCAUCAUCAUGAUUCUCUACCACCUGUACGGGGCGCCCAUCGAGAACCGCUGGCUGGUGCACAUCGUGUCGGAUGUCGCCAACAUGCUGGCCCUUCUGAACACAGCCAUCAACUUCUUCCUCUACUGCUUCAUCAGCAAGCGCUUCCGCACCAUGGCGGCCGCCACGCUCACCGCCUUCUUCAAGUGCCAGAAGCAACCCGCACAGUUCUACACCAACCAUAACUUUUCCAUAACGAGUAGCCCCUGGAUCUCGCCGGCCAACUCACACUGUAUCAAGAUGCUGGUGUACCAGUACGACAGAAACGGAAAACCUAUAAAAGUAUCCCCGUGACCCCAUGGGUUUGGCACCUGGUGCCUCUGUCUAAUCCACUUCCAGGGGGAAGGUGGCCCAAGCGACAGCUGAACGGCUCUCCUUAAGAGUGCUUCCCUGACUUCCUGUCUUCACAGACUCGGCACCUCUCAGACCGGAAGAGGAGAAAAGAUGGAAGGGAAGAAAGAAGACCAUGAGCCUUGUUUCCAUUUGUGCAUUUAGUUUCACAAAGUCAUGUGGACAGCUAAAUUUCCUACCCGUGUGAAGA